AUGCGCGACUUGGGGGAGGCGACGUACUUCCUUCGAACGGAGUUGACGCGCGACCGAGAGGGGCGCACCUUAAAGUUGACGCAAAAGAAGCUAACGGGUGAGUUGCUCGGAUGGCACGGGUUGGCGGGCGCACGGGCGCGCUCGGUUCCCCUCGGUGCGGGGCAGAAGUUAGCGAGGGAGGGGAAGCCGCUUGACACGGCGAGGUUUCCCUAUAGCGAGCUCAUUGGGAGUUUGCUCUACUUGAGCGUGUGCACACGGCCCGACAUUGCUCAAGCGGUGGGGGCAUUGGCGCGCUACACAAGCGCACUAAAGGAGGCACAUUGGAAGGCGGCGCUCGGGGUGGUGCGCUACUUGACGGGGACCGCGGAAGCCGGAAUAACCUUUGGGGGGAACGGCGAG